AUGGAGCCUGCAUACACCUUCACACUGCCAUCCAUCCACGAUGACAUUGCUCUAUCCGUCCGGCUUUACCAUCCGAAGAACCUCAGCCAUGUCAUUAUGGACAUCAAAGAGCCUCGAUUGGCACUGAAAGGAGCGGUCAUUGCACAUCCGUACGCACCCUUCGGAGGCUGCCAAGAUGAUCAUGUUGUGCUCGCAGUAACGCACUGCCUCCUGAAACAAGGCUACAUCGUCGUGACAUUCGACUUCAGGCAAGUUUUACGUGCCGGUGACUCGGCAGGUAAGACAAGCUGGACUGGAAGUCCGGAAGUGGGCGACUACACCUCAGCGAUCGGGCUGCUCGUGUACUACCUGCACACGGAUGCUCAAGAGCUCGAUAAGCCUUCAUCGAAGCUUCAAGUCAUUCUAGCAGGCUACUCCUACGGUUCUCUCAUCUUAGCGCGACUUCCGCACAUGUCGCACAUCAUCGAGACUUUCGAGUCCGCCGAGAAGGGGACUUCUGCGUCCGAAAUAUAUUUACGAGCCCGCACACUGGCCAGACGGACCAGGCAAAGCCUACUGGAACCCUCACCUCCGUCAACGCCUCGCGGGCGUAGACUGAAUUCAGAAUCAUCCCCACGCUCACGACCUCAGACCUCACAAGUUAACGUCAGCUAUCUCAUGAUCUCGCCGGUGCUAUUCCCAAUGACGACCACGCUGCUCUCCCCAGGGUUGGCCUUUCCCACGGCCAAAGCCGGCAACACAGGCUCCGGAUUCUUGUCAAUGGAGUACUCCAGCAUGGUCCUAUUUGGCUCCUUGGACCAUUUCACAUCAGCCAAGAAGCUGAAGCAAUGGGUUGAGAGGCUGUCAACGACAUCCUCCGGGCGUUUGCAGUGGGAGUGCUUUCAAGGUGUUGAUCACUUCUGGAGAGGAGAUGGAGUGUUGGAUGAGGUGCAGGCGAGGAUCAAGACUUGGACAUCGUCUUCCACGGAACAGUCUCUGCAGACGUGA